AUGUUGCCCCUCCAGUUCUCGCCUCUUCUCUCUGACCAAGACUUUGUGUUUGGUCCUGGCCCCCUCAGCUCCCAAGGGGAAGGCAUCAGAACUUUACCGAUUCCAGGAGUUCUUUGUCCAACAUGCGCCGCCAACGGCAGCGAGGUCUGGGUCAUCCCGGGGCGGCAGUGCGGCUACUGCCGCACCCCUGCCCCUGAUGAAGAUUCCUGCGAUGGUGACCACGACCAUUGA